AUACAAUUGGCCUCGUCUCUUAGUUAUAUUUUCUUCUUAUCCUUCAAAACAUCGAUCUAUCCCAUACGAGAAACCCUAAAAAUAAAUUGGGGGAAAAGCAAACGAGGAGACACGGAAGAUAGUGGAGGAGCGAUCUAGCAGAGAAACAAGUUAGCAGAUGAUGAUGAUGGCGAUGACGAGUCUGGAUACUUCUUUCUUUACCUCUCCCAAGUCUCUUGAAGUACUCGUCCUUUCAAUCAAACCCAGAUUCACCUUCUUCUCCAACAACACUAGGCGGAAGAGAUCCUCUUUGUCAUGUUGUCAUCUUGGAUCGCCGGUGCCGGAGGAUGAUAAUAAGCCGUCAAUAAAUGCUGACUGGAGAUCAUUUCGGGCGAGGUUAGUCGCCGGAGAACUCGCCUCCAGACCGGAAAAUUCUUCUUCCAACUCGGUCGAUCCAGACACAGUAGAGGUAGAGGAUCACCCUCCACUUGAUACUUCCAUCGGAGACAAGUGGGCCCACACCCUACCUGAGCCGGAGAGAGGUUGCUUACUAAUAGCGACAGACAAGCUGGAUGGGGUCCACAUCUUUGAACGUACGGUUAUCCUCAUCCUAUCUAUGGGUCCCGUGGGUCCCACUGGGAUUAUACUGAACCGACCGUCGUUGAUGUCCAUCAAGGAGACACGAUCCACGGCCCUCGACAUGGCCAGUACAUUCUCCGAUAUGCCCCUGUUCUUUGGUGGGCCUGUGGAGGAAGGAAUGUUCUUGGUGAGCCCAGGCCCCAAUAAGGAGGGGUCUGAGGAUGGAGUUGGGAAGAGUGGGGUGUUUGAGGAAGUCAUGAAGGGGUUGUACUAUGGGACCAAGGACAGUGUAGGAUGUGCAGCUGAGAUGGUGAAGAGGAAUGUAGUUAAGGCAGGGGAGUUUAGAUUCUUCGAUGGGUGUUGUGGUUGGGAGAAGGAUCAGCUGAAGGGGGAGAUCAAAGCAGGUUAUUGGACAGUGGCAGCUUGUAGCCCAACUGUAAUUGGGCUUACUGCUGUUGAGUCUGCUGGGCUAUGGGAAGAGAUUUUACGGUUAAUGGGCCAAAGAAAAGUUUCGUGACUUUUUAAUGUUCAUCUUAGGCCUUAGCACACUUGGGCUUAGGGCUUCUUUUUAGUUGACUCUUUUUCUAUUUUUAUUUUAUUAUUAUUUUUUUUUUUCAGUCUUCCAAGUACUAUUAAUUUGGUUCAAAAUAUCUUAAUUUGUUAAUCCUAUGGAAUAUAAUAUGACACAUUUGAUCA